UCUAGCAAAAAUGUGAAAUAGUCAUUGGUUCCAGACCAACAAAUGUAAAGAAUUCCUGCUUUUUUUGUGAUUUAUAUCACAGUAAACUUGAUAUCUUUGAAAUUUGUACUCUUGGUCAGAUAAAAACUAAAGUUUUUAAGGAAGCAGCAAGAGACCUUUUUCACUAUUUUUGGACUUUAAUAUACCAAAUGGUUAAUCUAUUAAUGAAGAAAAUAAUUGGCAAGCUACUCAACAGUGAAUGCUAUCAUUUAGAGCCUUAAUUAGUGUAGUGUCGGUGCAGGGGUACUUGAACUCAUCUGAUAGGGCUUUUGGGAUACAUCAGACAAAAAACCAUUGGGAACCAUUGGUUUAGAGUCUGUGAUUGUUCAUCAUGCCCCUCUUGUCCUCACACUGCUGAUCAAAGUCUGUAGCUCUCUUGGCAUUGUUGAAAGUGGUCAACUAGUAUGUAAAUGUCUUUUGUCAGACGCUGGGAUAAAUGAAGAAGUUGAUUACAGCUUUAGCCAGGAGCAGUUGCUGUGGAUUUAGCUGGUAAGCUUCUUCCACUGUAGACCACAAAACAGCCAUGCAUUCCAGUCCAGUCAUUCUGAUUCACUGGACACCUGUGCAGUACCAUAGCCGGGCCAUUUCUCCCACUAUAUUAACUUUCUGAGCAUGCUAGAAAUGACAUUAAAAGGGCUCCAAACUGAAAAACUAAUGGAAUGUAAAGCUAAUCUAAAUAUGCUAAUCCCCAAACACUUCAUAAACAUGGACAGAAACAGCCCACCACCCACUCUCUGUAGUCACUCGCUGUGGAAUGUUUUAGCCACAGGGGGUCUAGCAGUAAUGACAGGCUUGUGGUGGAUUAAUGUGGAGUUAUUUAUUUCUGAUAGAGCGAGUCCCCUCCCACUCCUACCCUGCACCCCCUCCUUUUUAGGUCUCCAUGACUCCUGGAGAUGCUCAGAAGAGGCGGCCUUAAACAUUAUGUUGAUGCAGUCUGCCCAGACCACCGCUGCCUGCAUUCUCACACAGCAUUCUGGGAUAUCUUCAGCCCUCUACCUGCUCUUAGCUAAUUACUUUAUUGCCAUGCAUUCACACUGUAAUUGGUCUUGCGCUGCUGCCUCCCCUCCCUCUGCUGCACCAAGUGCUAGUUUGAGCACUUUUUCCCCUUCUCUGUGUCGUCCUUAUUCCCCUGUUUUUUAUCGUCCUCCAAAAGCCAUCCAAUUAAUAUGCUAAUGAGCUGAUAAAUAUUUAUAGGGUUUAAAUUAUGCAGAAAGCUUUCAGAGCCUGGUGUGAAAUGCGUCGCUCGCAGGACUUCAAAGCCUUGCAUUGCUAACGAGGCAGGGGCAGAUUUGCAUAUGGCUUUAAUCAGCUGAAUACUGAUUAUACUUCAUUAUAGAGUCGGGCGGGGGGCAGCUGCAGCACUUGUCGUUUGGUUCAUUCCAGCAAGAGAGAGAGAGAGGGUGAACUUUUUCCAGAAGUACAGACAAUCUUGGCGAGAGAGAGAGAGAGAGAGAGAGAGAGAGAGAGAGAGAGAGAGGGGCACUGUAAAGAGAGGGGCAGAGCUAUAAGAAAAGAAAAGGAGAGCUGUUUGCCUAAAUCCUGUUGGCUUUCCCAGUGUGCGUAUCCCAGUGUUGUUCAGUGAACCGUGCGGUGGACAGCACCACUGUGUCUGUGUGUAGCUCUGGUUGUAUUAAACUCCACUCACUGCUGACCAGUGGACAGUGAAGAGAGGGAGGAGUAGCGGGGAGGAACAGAGUGCCGGACACCCUGUCGUGGGUUUGCCUGGCAGAGGCAAUUUCCCUUGAUAGGUUCAGUAACCAUGCUGGAAAACACAGGUGCAGCAAGAGUGGAUGCUAAAGUGAAUAAUCAGUCACAAACUACUAAAUGUGCAAUGGAAAGUGGUGACGCGAACACCGGAAUCCAAGCCAAUGGGUUGGACUUUCAAAGGCAGGCGGUGUCAGCCACAAGUGCAAUCAGUAAUGCACAUGCACAAGCCCUCCUCCAACAGUUGACCCUGAGCCCAGCACAGCAGCAGCUGUUGAUCCAGCAGGCCCAAGCUCAGCUUCUUGCUGCAGCUGUGCAGCACUCGGCCAACCAGCAGAACAGCACCACUGGGGCCAGCAUCUCGGCCUCUGCAGCCACGCCCAUCACCCAGCUGCCCCUGUCGCAGCCCAUCCAGAUCACCUCUCAGUUACAGCAGCAGAAUCUCAGUCUGCCUCAGUUUGUCCUGGUUCAGCCCGGCCACCCGAUCGCCACACCACUGCAGCCUGCUCAGUUCAUCAUCUCACCGCAGGCACCGCAGGCCCAACAGGGCAUAUUGCAAGCCCAGAGCCUUCUAACUCAACUACCUCAAAGCCAAGCUAACCUCCUGCCAACUCAACCAAGCAUCACCCUUGCAACUCAGCCUGCAACUCCAACCCGCACGACAGCAGCCACACCUAUUCAGUCCCUGCCCCACAGUCAGACACCACCCAAACGGUUGGAUACUCCCACUCUAGAAGAGCCUAGUGAUCUGGAAGAGCUGGAGCAGUUUGCUAAGACCUUCAAACAGAGGCGUAUCAAGCUGGGCUUCACACAGGGGGAUGUUGGCCUGGCCAUGGGGAAGCUGUAUGGAAAUGACUUCAGCCAAACUACCAUCUCUCGCUUUGAGGCCUUGAAUCUGAGCUUUAAGAACAUGUGCAAACUCAAGCCAUUGCUGGAGAAGUGGCUCAAUGAUGCAGUUUGUGCAGAGAACCUGACAUCUGACCAGGCCCUGUCCAGCCCAAGUGCCCUAGGCUCCCCGGGCAUGGGCAUAGAGGGGAUUAACCGCAGACGGAAGAAGAGGACCAGUAUCGAGACCAACAUCCGCGUGGCCUUAGAAAAGAGCUUUCUGGAGCAGAACCAAAAACCUACCUCUGAAGAGAUCAGCUUAAUCGCUGACCAGCUCAACAUGGAAAAGGAGGUGAUUCGGGUCUGGUUCUGCAAUCGCCGGCAAAAAGAAAAGAGGAUUAAUCCGCCCAGCAGCGGCAGCAGUGGAGGAGGCAGCACCCCCAUCAAAACCAUAUUUAACCCCAGUAGCCCUUUGGUGGCCAGCACAGCCAGUCUUGUGAGCAGUCCAACUAUUAACACACCCACCACUCUGACUGUAAACCCAGUGAUGCCUCUUACCAGCACCAGCGUCUCCAGUUUGUCUUUCACAGGCACGACUGUUGGAGCCACAAACACCGCAUCUGUUAUCUCAGCUGCACCUAUGGUUACCACGGCAACCAGCUCUCCAUCUUUAAGCCCACCACCGACUUCUAUUCAGUCCACAACCACAGAGAGCAAGACUGCCACUCAGGCACAAGCUGUCGUCACCCAGGCCCCGACAUCCAUAGCCACUUCUUUAGGGACAGGUCAGGUGAUGGUGGCAGCUCCCGGGCUGUCUGCGGCGCUGCAGAGUGCUGCCCAGUUACCCACCAGCGCUAGCUUUGCUGCAAUGGCUGCUGCUGCAGGGCUCAAUCCAGGGUUGAUGGCAUCCUCCCAGUUCGCUACAGGGGGGGCCCUGCUCAGUCUGGCUCCUGGUAGCCUUGGCAGUGCACUGAGUCCUGCGCUCUUGAGCAACAGUACCCUGGCCACCAUUCAAGCUCUGGCGUCGAGCGGCACCAUCCCCAUCACUUCUCUGGAAGGUGGUAACCUGCUGUUCGCCAACACUUCUGCUGGUAACACGCCCAACCUGGUGACCACACCACUCUUCCUGAACCCCCAGAACCUGUCGCUGCUCACCAGCAACCCUGUCAGCCUGGUGUCAGCCGGGGCGGGGGGGCUGCAGGUCACUGCUGAUGCUCAUCAUCAAGCCACCACAGCUGCUGUGCCUGUGCAAGCCUCGACCAUUACCACUGCCUCCAAGGCUCAGUGAAGCCAGCGAGGCUGCAUCCUGAGUUGAUGCCCUCUUGUUUAUGUUGUGCACUACUCUUAUCACACCAUGUAGGGAGUAGGGAGGUUGUUUUAUAUAUAUAUAUAUAUUUAUAUAUGUAUAUACA